AUGUCUCUCAUCAAUGGAGAAUUGGUUCUUAUGUUCGUAAUUUCAGCUCUUAUGGCACACACUGCAACAGUACUAGCUUCCAGGGAUAUGGCGACAACAGUUGAUCAUCACUCGGUUGGUCAGAACUUAGCAGCUCGGAUCAAUGGAGAAGACCGUGGUGCUGGCAUGGUUGAAUGCUGGGAUGCACUGUAUGAGUUACGAUCCUGCACUAAUGAAAUCAUACUUUUCUUCAUGGAUGGAGAGAUGUAUCUUGGUAUUGAAUGUUGUAGAGCCAUCCGUAUCAUAACUCGUGAAUGUUGGCCUUCUAUGCUUACUUCUGUAGGCUUUACUGCUGAAGAGGGCGACAUUUUACGUGGUUAUUGUGAUGCUUCACACUCGACUGCACCUCGUUCUUCGCCACCAGUGGUCGGAGAAUAA